UGAGCCAUUUUCAUGAGAUUUAACAAAAAGCCAAGUCGCAAUCGUGUUGUAGUAACAUUUCCAUGGAAACCAUUAAGCUAACAACAACUCCAACUACUGUCAUGAAGAAGAUGCAAUUAUUGCUAAUAUUAUUUUUGCCAAUGUUUGGUCAAAUUUUCGGUUCACCGUUGGAUAAACGAGAUAUGGAAUUAUUGGAUAUGGUAUUUAGGGAUGGAGAUGAGAGUGAUAUAUCGAGAUCCCAAAGAGAUUUGCCUGCCUCUUCUAUAGCCUGUGAUGAUAAUUCAUCGGAAGAGGAUUAUCCUCCUAUAUUUAAUGAUGAAGAAAGUGAAGAAGAUUGCCUCGAUUUUUUGCCACCAAUUGAACAUCCUUGUUUUAUGCGUUUGAUAUUGCUCAGAAGUCCAUUGCUUAAGCAAGAUCCUUGUGCCAACUUUUCAAUUGUCCAAGAUCCCAAGUUAAAGGCAACUAAAUCAAGAAAAUGUGUAAAGAGAACCAAAACAGAAAUUCAAUUUUCGCCAAAAGUAGCAGAGCAAAAUAUUGUAACGAAUAGCACCAACAAUAACACAACAGAAGCCAUCAAAACAACAUCAAUGGAAUCAGUUUUAUUAGCAAAGAGCCCACCGAAUGUAUCAAAGAAAUUGGCAAUUGUUCCAAUUAGCCAAGAAGUAACAAACACCACUGAGGAGGCAACAACAUCAACUGAUGAUAACUCAACAACUACCUUUGCCACCACGAUCACUGAAGAGGAUUUAACAACCACAACAAUUGACCCCACAACCACCAUAAGCACUUCCAUCCCCACCACCACAAUCAUUCCAACCACCUUGAGCACCACCGGCAGUCCCAAUCACCUGAAAUCUUUAAGAAGUAAAAGUCGUAAACGUUUGGGUAAACUUAAAGGUAAGAAGGGUAAAAAACCACGAGUUCCAGAUCCACCCAAAAUCAAAUUAGAUGCCGCCACUCAGCCCAGUGAAGUAAUACAGGUAAUUUUCACCACCGAAGUGGGUGAACUGAAGCUGCAAGCUAAUGAUACAACCACAGUAAGUACUACCACAACAAAUUUCGAAGCGGAAACAACAACCGAGAUCAACUUGAUCGAAAAGACAACCAAUCAAGUUGAAACAACAACUCAAGAAACGGAACUUGAGGAGGAAAUGGAAACAACGGAAACUGAAGAAGCGUCAACUGAAGAUCCUUUUUCAUUCACUGAAGAACCUUGCAAUGAUACCGAUGAGCAGGAUACAAACCUAUGUCCGCAAUUUUUGACACCACCCGAAGAGAAUGAAGGACAUCUGCCAAGUUCACAAUUAUCGUCAGUUAGACCAGCUCAACGGCAACGAAAGGUUAAGAACUAUGUUGAGCCCAUACUUUAUGAAGGUAACUUUAUCAAACCCAGACAACGCAUCGGCUUACUUGCCCAGGCAGUGCCGCAGCAAAGGGAUUAUUAUGUCACCAAUAAGCAGAUAAUGCCGAGACCAAAGCCCAAAUAUAGAAAACGCUUGCCGCACUCCAUUUACAUGAACAACAUUGUGAGGGGACUGAAAUGUGUUGAUGCACCGCGACCUCUGCAACCCUAUUGGGGAGUAAAGCGAUUAACAUCGAGACCAUAUGCUCCUCUUACCUAUAAUCCACAGCGUCCAUCACCGCCUCCUUCACAAUCCCCGGCUCCGUUUUCUGUUCCAGUUUCUAUAUAUCAUCAAAAUCCCAAUGAAUCUGAGGAGGACUUUGGUCAAGAGAAAGAAAUAGUGGGAUCCAAAUCAAAUUACUUUGACGAUUCCAGUUCAGAAUUAUGGCAAGGAUAUGGUGCAUCCAAUAGCAAUGUAGAUCCCUGUCAACUGGAACACGAACAUCUUCAACGUAGACAGCAACAUAUACAUAAGCCGCCUUAUCAGAAGGUUCCAAAAGAUGAUCAACAAUCGGUAGAUUACGCCCAUCAACAGCAGCAAAUGCCUGAAAAUUUCUUUACCUAAACCUUAAGACAUUCACAUUGAAAUCAUCUAACAAAAAUUAGUAGCUUAAGUACUAUAUCCAGUUUAACAUCUACUUAUACACAUAAAUAAAUAUUUGU